CAGUUGGCCGAAUCUAUGGAUGGAGAGAACCACACAGUGGUGUCUGAGUUUGUGUUUCUGGGACUCACCCACUCCUGGGAGAUUCAGCUCUUCCUCCUUGUGCUCUCCUCAGUGCUCUACAUAUUAAGCAUGACUGGAAACAUCCUCAUUGUGUUCUCUGUGACCACUGACCCUCACUUACAUUCACCUAUGUACUUCCUACUAGCAUGUCUCUCCUUCAUUGAUUUGGUAGCCUGCUCUGUUACUUCCCCCAAGAUGGUUUAUGACUUGUUUAGAAAGCACAAAGUCAUCUCCUUUGGAGGCUGUAUCACUCAGAUCUUCUUUAUCCAUUUAGUUGGUGGAGUGGAGAUGGUGCUACUUGUGGCCAUGGCAUUUGACAGAUAUAUAGCCAUAUGUAAACCUCUGUACUACCUGACCAUCAUGAGUCCACGUGUGUGUGUUUUGUUUCUGGGUGCUGCUUGGGGUCUGGGCAUUAGCCACUCAUUGUUCCAGCUGGCUUUUCUUGUUGACUUACCCUUCUGUGGCCCAAAUGUACUGGACAGCUUUUACUGUGACCUUCCUAGACUUCUCAGAUUGGCCUGUAGAGACACCUACAAGUUGCAGUUCAUGGUCACUAUCAACAGUGGUUUCAUCUGUGUUGGCUCUUUCUUGUUGCUUCUUAUCUCUUAUAUCUUAAUCUUGUUUAGUGUCUGGAAACAUUCUUCAGGUGGUUCAUCCAAAGCCCUCUCCACUCUCUCAGCUCACAUCACAGUGGUGUUUCUCUUCUUUGGUCCUACUCUGUUUGUAUAUACAUGGCCCCAUCCUAACUCCCAGAUAGACAAAUUUCUUGCUCUUUUUGAUGCGGUUCUUACUCCUUUUCUGAACCCAGUCAUCUACACAUUUAGAAAUAACGAGAUGAAAGUAGCAAUAAAGAUAGUUUUCAAAACAUUAUUAACUUUUAGAAAUAUUUCAUCAAUAGUAUAA